CGGCGCCCGGCCGCGCCCGGCCGCGCGCCGGCCGACCGGCCAUGGCAGGAGCCGGAGGCGGCGGCUGCCCUGCGGGCGGCAACGACUUGCAGUGGUGUUUCUCGCAGGUCAAGGGGGCCGUGGACGAGGACGUGGCGGAAGCUGAUGUCAUCUCAACUGUGGAGUUUAGUCACUCUGGAGACCUUCUUGCAACAGGAGACAAGGGCGGCAGAGUGGUUAUUUUCCAGCGGGAACAAGAGAAUAAAAGCCGCCCUCAUUCCAGGGGGGAAUAUAACGUUUACAGUACCUUUCAAAGUCACGAACCAGAGUUUGACUAUUUGAAGAGUCUAGAAAUUGAAGAAAAAAUUAAUAAGAUUAGGUGGCUACCACAACAGGGCGCUGCUCGUUUUCUGCUCUCUACAAACGAUAAAACUAUUAAAUUAUGGAAAAUAAGUGAACGGGAUAAAAGAGCAGAAGGCUAUAACUUAAAAGAUGAAGAUGGACGACUUCGAGAUCCACUUAGAAUCACGGCACUACGGGUCCCAAUAUUGAAGCCCAUGGACCUUAUGGUAGAAGCAAGUCCACGACGAAUUUUUGCAAAUGCUCACACAUAUCAUAUAAAUUCCAUUUCAGUAAAUAGUGAUCAUGAAACAUAUCUUUCUGCAGAUGACCUGAGAAUUAAUCUAUGGCAUUUAGAAAUCACAGACAGAAGUUUUAACAUCGUGGACAUCAAGCCUGCCAACAUGGAAGAGCUGACGGAGGUGAUCACAGCGGCCGAGUUCCACCCGCACCAGUGUAACGUGCUCGUCUACAGCAGCAGCAAGGGGACCAUCAGACUGUGCGACAUGCGCUCCUCCGCCCUGUGCGACCGACACUCCAAGUUUUUUGAAGAGCCGGAAGACCCCAGCAGUAGGUCCUUCUUCUCUGAAAUAAUCUCUUCUGUGUCCGACGUGAAAUUCAGCCACAGCGGUCGGUACAUGAUGACCCGAGACUACCUGUCGGUGAAGGUGUGGGACCUCAACAUGGAGAGCCGGCCUGUCGAGACCCACCAGGUCCACGAGUACCUUCGAAGCAAGCUGUGUUCCCUGUACGAAAAUGACUGCAUCUUUGACAAGUUUGAGUGCUGCUGGAACGGCUCCGACAGAAUGGUGGAACGUGUGCAGUACUUCAAACUCUGAACGUAUGUAUCCACAAACUUCCAUAACUUUUUUGUUUCUGUAGAAAUGGUACAUCUGACACACCAGGUAAGGUCUGGAAAGAGCCUUACCUGCAGCUGCCUCUGAGAAAGAAAAUCCCAAGGAGUAGUAACAGAAUCGCUGCUGAAAAAGUAACACGUGGUUUAAAGUAUGCCUCAAAUUCACUGCAGUUGAACACUUACGUGCUUUUUAAAGCUUCGUAACAGUACUUCGUGGGAAGAGGGUAACAGGCUUCUAAAAACUGCUGGAAUUAUAUGCAUGACGAAUUUCACUGCAUUUCAAGCCAGCAAAAAUUAAACAAUUUUAAUUAUUAUGUAAUGCCACCAGUACCUUGGUGGUUUACUUUAAAAGGUUGAUAACAGAAAUCAAGAUUUCCCAAGACAAAAAAAUACAGAGGUAACAACACUAAGUGAUUGGAGCUUGCUGCCGUGAAAUUUCACACAGGAGCCCGAGACCCAGUCCUCCAGGGGACGGGACAGCUGGGGCUCACGUGCUGCUCUUGAAAUUAAGGUGUAUUUUGGUUACUGGUGAUAUGGAGGUGCAAGAACAAAUGUCUUGUCAACUCAUUCCCCUGAAUUAAUGUUAACAGGAUGCCACGUUAGCUCACAUUAUGUCGGAAAUAGAGAAUCAACAAGUCCAUUUAUUUUAAUUUAAAGGUAAUUCUAUUACUGCAUAUUGGUUGACGCAGUUCACAAACCUGAGAUGUGGAACAGAGUUGUCCAAGUAUCAGUCAGCCCUGGCCCUUAAGGUAAAGCAGUUCUAGUAAGAUGGGGCUGUAUUUACUUGUUCAACUAUUUUGACCAAAAGGUUUAAUAAAUUUCAGACGUUUUACCAGAUUUUUUUACGACGUUUUUCCAUCUUUAAGACGUAUUUCCUACCAAACAGGAAACCAGCCUUCUGCCUCUCAGACGGCCCCGGGCAGAAGGCGCAUGCGUGGUGGCUGCCACCGGCCGGGCGGGGGUCCCUGCGUCUGUGGGUUCUUCUCCCCCGAGUCAGGCACACGCUUCUCAGAGAUGCUCUUGAGAAACGUGUAAUUUAAGAGGUGUCUAGCAAUUUCUUCCGUGUUCUUUUCCGCUAGACACUUCUGAUUCCAUUUAAGCCUUUUUCCCCUCCUGAGGAGGUGAAAAUCCUAUGGGUUUCAGACUUGACGUUUAUUUCUUUUAUAUUCCUUGUUUUAAAAAUAUCUGUUGUUUUUUGUUCUUACAAAGCUUACCCCUUUUCUCCCGUUUAAAGCUAGAGAGAGCUAGAGAAAUUCUAUCUGUUCCUGAAAGGUAAUCCUGUGAGUUUUCAUCGUUCCUUAGAAUUCUGUGCUCCUGCUUGUCCUGAAGCUUUAACGCUGUCUCGGUUGAUGGCCCGGGUUGGAUGAAUACGCUUUACUCGUGUGUGGAUUUAGACGUGCACUUUUUAAAGAACAGUGGCGGUUCUAGAAGCCAGUACAGGACAGGACUCAGAGUCUGAUUUUAAACCGUCCCCCCAGUCGUGGGCGUUCGCAGGACGAGCAGCAAACUCCCUCCCCCGUGGAGCUGAGUAGCCAUGGCCUCACAGCUGGGAGCCGGCCCAGACUGUCCCCUGGUCAGCGCGGUGGGGCCCAGGCCCCGCGGGCCGAGCCCAGGGCUCUGGUGCUGCGUGGCCGUCUGAGGAGGAACUGUCUGCACGCUUUUGUCGAAGGGGGUCCAGGAUUGGCGCUGAGGCUUUUUCUUCUGAGCGUGUCUGUUGCCCGCGGGCAGAGGCGGGUGCGCAGACCGAGCCGGGGCGGGCCGCGCUGCGCCCCUCGUGGGGAGGACGGCGCUCCGCGCGCCAAGUCCGGGUCUGAGACCCGGUGCUGCCCCGGGGUCAUGAUGGGGCGGCGGGGGACAGUCCUCCCAUCAGGAACUGCCCCCUGGGUGCUGUGCCGGGAGAAGCUUCCACAGGCGCUGGGGGGACCAGAGAGGGAGGGAGGGGAUGCCACACGGGGCCCACCCCGCCAGGGCUUCUCCACGGGGGUGUGGUUAGGGCGGGGACAGCGGGGGGUCGGGUGGGGCCUGACCGGUGCAGCCCACGGGGCUGGUGACAGCCCUCCUGUACCGGGUGGGCCGCGGGCAGGCACCCGGCAUGGGCUCCCCAGAACCAACCCAGCGGUGCUCGCCGGACGGACACGCCACAGCGCGGCGUCACCGGGGUCCGUGUCCUACCCGAGCCCUUGGUGGAGAGCUGGUGAGCCGGGGGAUGGAGCGCCACCUUGAUCUCUUAGGAACCGUGGCGGCCCUGACAUCACGCGGAAGGGGGAAUCGGAGACCUCAGGCUCUCUGCUCAGCUGUCACCCCUCUCGACCGACCGGCAGCCCCUCCCUUCACGCCACCAGCUGAGUCCCAGCGAGGGGCAGAGUCACGGCGGUGGGACGGGGGAUGGGGAACGGGCAGCUGAGAUCACAGGAGUCCCGGCUGGGGGGUUGGGGGGUCCUGAAGCAUCCAAGGCGACAGUCGCAGCCCAGCCUGACCCCCGCCUCUGCGCCCCC